UUGUUUGUUGAGUUUUCAUUUCAAGAUGGAGAGAAAGAGAUAGAGAGAGAGGAAGAAUUCAUGCGAGAAAAUCGAGAAAUGAGAAGAUUCUGAUGAAUGCUUGGAUUUCCGUACUUUGAAAACAUCCUCCGUGUAGUGAUUUUUUUUUUCGGACAAGAAAAUCUCUCAGAUUUUUUCUUAUUGAGCUGAAAACAUGGGUGGACUUUCCUUGGCUCACCUUGAUGAUUAACGCAUAGCAAAAGUCACAGAAGACAGAGAAAGAAAGAAAGAAAGAAAGAAAAUUCCAAAAGCUCUUUUCGCUUUUACAGAAAUGUGCAGCAAUAACAGCCUUGGUAGCAGUGGUGGUGGUUGUGGUGGCUAUAAUGGUGGUUAUGGUGGUGAGAGUAUAUAUUCAAAGAAACCCAAGAGACAACGAGUUCCAAAAAGAGGACCAGGAGUUGCAGAACUAGAGAAGAUCUUGAGAGAACAAGAAAAGAGACCUGAUUUAGACAAAGCCAAGAAUCAAGGGUUCUCUUUAUUUUCUUCACUUCCAUGUUCUUAUCAGCCACAAUCUCCAGUGUUUCCUUCACCAAAUUCUUUACCUAAAACUGUCUUAUUUGAUUCAAAUCCAAAUCAUUUAGGUCCACCAAUGACAACCUUUUACAGUAACAAUCCUAUUAGUAACCCAACAUUAGGAUGUGGCAAAGGUGGCGUUCAUAUUGCUGGAUCAAGCGUUGUUUUGCCUGAGCAUGCAUUAUUGCCCACAAUGUGGAAUUCUUAUGAGCGGCCUAAUGCUGAGGUUGUGGAUCCUAGAUCAGCUUCUGGACUUCAAUUUUCUACCAAUUUAUCAAACGGAUCUAAUAAUCACUUGUUUCCUUCUCCUAGUUUGAGACCAAGAAGCCAGCACUCAGCACCACCUUCAAUUAAAAAUCUUCUUCCACACUCUAUUGUGUCAUCUUCAACAACCUCAUCUUCUUCUGGACCUUGUCAUGGAAGAGAGCCCCCUUCAAACCAAAUAUCAUGUCAUCACUGUCCUACUUUAUGGCCAGAGGAAGAUAAGAUGGUUGGUGAAAAGAGGUCACGGCCAUUCUCCAUGGAGAUGAUCCCUCCGGUGCCUUCUUUCCGGUGUCAAGUUCCUACAUUUUCACCUCAGAUGAACAGACCGGAGUCUUCACUUUCAUGUGGUGGUAACAGCAUAAUCAAUCUUGAAGCAAGUGAGACAAUCUCUAGAGAAAUGAAGCCAGGAAGUUCUUUAGAGCCCAACAUCAAGAAAUGCAGUAGUACAGAUAACGGAGCAGCAGAUGGAAAUUUCCUCUUAUUUGGCUCGCCAGCAACUCCUCCAUCAAUUCAGACUCAAAGAGAACGACCCAAACUUGGUUCUUGCCCUUCUCAGGAAAGCAAUGAGGACUCGCAGCAUAGGCCAGCGGAAGGUGGAUGCUUUGAGAAGAAACCUUUCUAUAGCUUCUUACUUCCAAGGAAGCAAAUUGGUAUGGUGGAAACAAAGUUUGGCUUAAACAAUGAGAGAGUUGAAACAAGAGGAGAUGACAUUGAUCUCAGCCUCAGACUCUAAGUGCUUGUGAUGAGAAGCUUAUGACAAAUCUCAUAAUCAAUUAAUGAUUUAAGGGCAUUUUUGUUACUAUUUCUUGAUGGUUGAGAUGGUGGUCCUUGUGUACAAAUGUGUGUCUUUGUAUUUUUUUUUUUUUUUUUUUUUUUUUUUUUUGUUGGAUAAGCAAUGUGUGUCUUUGUAUGUAAAGGACAGAAUUGAGAGUUCCUUCUUUGGUGGUUGUGGCUCAAGUAAAUUCUAUGAAUUGCUAUAAGAUAUGCA